UUAGUGAGCCAGUGAGACAAAGACUGACAACUCACUAAAAGACACGUUUUAUUGUUUUUAUCAUCUGAGCGUUUUUUCGUUCCAUUUCUUUGAUCCUCUGUAACGCCAUCUAUCAAACUAAAAGUUAAGAUAUGGAUUAUUUUACAAUCCAACUAACAGCCUAAUUAUUACACUUUGAUUUGCGUGUUAAAUAAAUAUGGUCGCGUAUUCUCGAGGCUUCCUGUGAAUAACUUGCCGCAACUCAUUGUGCGCUUGCGCGUUCCUUUACGCACGGCAGGAGCAACUUUUUUAUACUACGUCAUCGGAUUGCACAAGACGUCGCGAAGUAAGAGAAAGUUUAGUAGUUCGAUUAAAAUUAACAUGUUCUGUGGUCGGGUGUCGGCGAGUCAUGGUGUAGUUUAUGCUGUACCCGCAUGGAGCAACGCGCAGACUAUGGUGCAUUCAAAGUUCAUAGUUUGAGGAAGAUAAACGAACAUUAAGAGACCACGGGGGAGUGCAGCAUUAUAUAUAUGAAUAAUCAUGGCUCCACAUCCCAUAAUCCAGGCAAUCAUCGACUUCUCAGCUGGAGCAAUCGGUGGGACAGCUUGUGUGCUGAGCGGUCAGCCGUUUGACACCACAAAGGUCAAGAUGCAGACAUUCCCCACCAUGUACCGCGGCUUCAUCCACUGCUUCACAUCGACCUUCAGGCAGGUGGGCCUAAGUGGUCUCUACAAAGGCGCGACCCCGGCCCUCAUCGCCAACAUCAGUGAGAACGCAGUGCUCUUCUUGAGUUAUGGUCUGUGCCAGGAUGCUAUUCGCUUUGUGUCCAGGAUGGAUAAAGGGGCGCAGCUCAGCGAUAUCCAGAAGGCAUCUGCGGGGUCUUUAGCCUCCAUCUUUUCCUCAAUAGCGAUAUGUCCAACCGAGCUGGUGAAAUGUCGCCUGCAGGCCAUGCACGAAAUGGAAGCAACUGGCAAGAUCGCCAGUGGACAGAGACGCACAGUGUGGUCAGUAGUGAAGACGGUGUUGAAGACAAACGGCCCCCUGGGUUUCUACCAAGGACUGACGUCCACCAUGGCCAGGGAGAUACCCGGAUACUUCUGCUUCUUUGGGGCCUAUGAACUGUGUCGGUCUAAAUUUGCACAGCACAUGGGCACGGACAAGGACGGUAUAGGUUAUCUUCCACUCAUGUUCAGCGGUGGAUUUGGGGGAGCUUGUCUCUGGUUGAUGAUCUAUCCCAUAGACUGUGUGAAGUCCAGGAUCCAGGUGUACUCUUUAACUGGGAGGCAAGAGGGCUUCAUGAAGACCUUCAUGGGUAUCAUACGUACUGAGGAAAAAAACUCAGGGAGUCUGGGAUGUUUCGGUUGGCUGUUGGUCCUCAUAUCCCUCCUCUUUAUAACAGCGACCUUCCCGAUCACAUUAUUUAUGUGUGUUAAGAUAGUGAAGGAGUACGAGCGAGCCGUCAUCUUUAGACUCGGCCGGAUCACAGACAGGAAACCUAAAGGACCAGGACUUUUCUUUGUUCUGCCGUGUACUGACACCUUUGUGAAAGUCGAUCUUAGAACUGUGUCCUUUGACAUCCCUCCACAAGAGAUCCUAACGAGAGACUCGGUGACGGUGUCUGUGGACGGCGUGGUGUACUUCCGCAUAAACUGCCCCAUCUCAUCCGUGGCCAAUGUGUCCAACGCACACUCAUCUACGCGGCUGCUCGCUCAAACCACCCUGAGGAAUGUACUUGGCACCAAAAACCUUGCAGAACUGCUAUCUGACAGAGAGGGCAUAUCACUCAGCAUGCAGGCAUCUCUGGAUGAUGCCACAGACCCAUGGGGUAUUAAGGUGGAGCGUGUGGAGAUCAAGGAUGUGAAGUUGCCUCAGCAGCUGCAGAGAGCCAUGGCAGCAGAGGCAGAAGCUACUCGGGAGGCCAGAGCGAAGAUCAUUUCUGCAGAGGGAGAGAUGAACGCUUCCAGGGCUCUGAAAGAAGCCUCUCUGAUUAUUGCAGAGUCACCCUCUGGCCUCCAGCUGCGAUACCUGCAGACCCUCACCUCCAUUGCAGCAGAGAAGAACUCCACCAUCAUCUUUCCUCUGCCCAUAGAUAUUUUGCAGAAUUUUAUGAAGAGGGAAUAAUGAAGUUUGUGUUGUGCGCUUUACUGGUGUCUCUUUCACAUGCUCUAUGGUCCAAGAGGCCUCGCGUGUAAACUGCUGAGCGCACUGCUUAUCACUUCUUAUGCAAACUUUCACUCCAUGAGAUUGGCAUUAUAUAAAAUAGAAUAAUUAUGAACUUAAAAAUGCAUCCACAACAGAACUUACUUUUUGUAUAAUUAUUUUCUUAUUGUGAUUUAAUACUUAAAUACAAAGUGCAACAUACACAGUUUGGACAUUAGUGUCUCAUCACUGACCACACUAUUCUAACCAUCUAACCUACAGUUGUGGUUCUGGAGAAGGACAAAUAAAUAUAUUGAUGAAAUACACAAGAAAAGAAAAAGAACAAUGACAAGACAUGCUUUCAUAAAACCUUAUCCAGAGAAUAACAUCUUAAAAUACAAUCUUUACAGAAUAGAACAGAAGUCCUGUAAAUGGCCAACAGAUGAGCCCACUUUGACAUUGGAUGUAAACUGUAAACAGAUCCCUCUUAUUCUAGUGUCAAACACACAUUCAGUAAAGGAGAACACGGUCAUGUCCACAGGACACAGAGGCAAUCAGUGCAACCGGAGUUCCGGACGGAGAGAAAUAUCAUUAUUUACACCCACAUCAAAGCCCAUGUCGAAAAUUAUCAAUUCAUGUCCGAACAGUAAAUGCAAUUCAACUACAUGUUUGUGCAGAUUUCCACAUUGUAUGUAUCUGGGGGAGCUGAUCGUUAUAUAAUAUUAUUAUGAGGCAACCAUUUAUUGUAUUUGGAUAUAUGUGCCGACUGCACUAUGCUCUUUAUAAUAGUCAUACAUAUUCUGUAUAUCCAAAUCAUGUCAAA